AUGAGGGAAAUAGUAAUUUCAAUAUUUUUCCUGGUUGCUGGGUGUACAGGAACUGCAAAUUUCGAUGAUUUUAUGGGUAAAUUGACACCUGUUGCUACAGUUCCGCCUGUAGACUCUAUUCUUCCCUGUACUAAAAUGAUAUACUCAAAGAAUCCUGAAAAUUCACAAUGUAAAUGUUUAGAUGAAAAGAAAACUGAGUUGAUUGAUAUUAAGAAAAUUAAACAAAGAGGCAAUAAUGUGGCCACCAUACCCGUGGUGGUUGCUGAAGAUGCAAGUGACGCAUUAUCUUUAUUAAAUGUGACAUGUGACUGCGGAGGUGAACAUUUUGGAAACCGUGCCGUCGUAAAAUUAUUAAAUGAAAAUUACUUUGUGAUCUAUACGAGACUAUCUCCAACGGAAAAUGAACCAGUUCUUGCGACAGUUUUUGCUAAGGCCGUUCCUGCAUUCUUAGAAAUUGUUAAUUUAGUGAAAACUAUUCCUGGAUUGGGUAACAAGACGGUUGGAAUAGUAUGCAGUGUUGAAUUCGAUCCAUCAGAAGCAUCGCAGUGA